AUGCAAUGGAAUCACAGUUUUGUCGGGACUGCUCAGGAACAAUAUGAGAAACUGGACCUGAUGCACAAGAACAUGGAUAAACAGUACACAGACCUGGGCAAUUAUUUUGUUUUUGACCCCAGAAAAAUCUCAGUGGAGGAGUUUUUUGGAGACCUCAAAACAUUCAUAAACAUGUUCCAGCAAGCUGUAAAGGAGAACCAGAAGAGGAAAGAGUCUGAGGAGAAGAUAAAGAGAGCCAAGUUGGCGAGAGAAAAGGCCGAGAAGGAGAAGGAGGAAAAACUGAAGAGGAGCCAGCUCUUAGACAUCAAUGCAGAGGGAGAUGAGACUGGCAUCAUGGAUGGUCUGUUGGAGGCGCUACAGUCCGGAGCUGCCUUCAGGAGGAAGAGGGGACCAAGACAAGCAGCCAACCACAGAAGAGCUGGCCAUGCAAUGACUAACAUCCUGGCCAAGGAGCUGAUGCAGGAAGACACGCCCACACAGAGUAAACUCCCCACAAAAAAGCAACGGCUAGACGACACAGAGGAGUCAAAUGUUGAAUCGUCUGAAUCUUUAGAGGAUAUUCUGGAGGCUGUCCCUUCUCGGUCCAAUUAAAUAUUUGAUUGCAUGGACAGUGCUUUCAAGUGCAAGGUUUUGCUAUUGCAGGGGCCAAUACCAAUCUAAACUCAGUAGAGAACGGUUUUGUGUUGGGGAAACAAAAUUAGUGAUAAACUCACUGAUCACUUUAUUAGCUACACCUGUUAUUUAUUUUGUAUCACAAAACGUCUGUCUAUCAAAUCAAUACACAAUCAUUUUUAUUAUCUCCAUCAACUUGUUUGACUGUUCUCUAACUUUUGGCAUCAGCUCUUCCUUUCCUCCUCAAAAGGCCAACUCACUUCAUAUGUUUUUUUUCCAAUCCCCAAACAUUCAAUGGUAACGCUUUAUAAUAACUACACUUUAAUUAAAGUCUAAUGCAUGGACAAGAGUUCAUUCAUAGUAAAUUAAAAUCAUUGAAGCUCUGUAACUUCUUAAUUAACUUACUUAGUAGCUUUGAUUUAGUACAAAGCUACUAAGUUACUAAGACGGAAUCAUUCUUAAUAAACAAGGUGCUCAUAUGAAUUAAGACUUUGUUCAUGCUUUAUUAAGGCUAAUUAACACCAUCUCAAGCCUUAACAAUGCCAUAUCAAAAUCACUGUUACCAAUUAAUUCUUUCACAUGUCUCUGGACUAAACACAUGGGUUGCUUCCUUUGAUUGUAACAUAUUGUCCAUCUAUAACAGGUUUACCUAAUAAUGCGGCCAGAGAGGGUAUGCCAAUUUCAUUCUUUAUUUCCCAUUUGUCUUGUUCUGUUGACCAUGUCUAUAAUUUUGUUUUGAAUUUAAAAGGGCAUUUUGGACACAUCCAAAGAUGGCCGCCUUGACAUUUCACUUUCUGUAUUUUGGCCAAGAGCUGUGAUUUGGUCCAUUUUAGCCCCUGCUUCAAACUAUGGACCAGGCCUGUUCAUAUGUAUUCGUAAGACACACUGUUUAUUUUUCUCUAUCAUGGUGCCAACCAAGGAAAUAUUAUAUUUGUUUCACCUGGGUGUUUCAGGAGUGCUUUUGUUUCACUGGUCUCUAUAGGUUAUUUUUAUGGGCAGAUCAAAACACAUAUUUUGAUUAUUUUAAAACCACUUUGUAUUUUUAAUGAGACAAACUUUAGUUCAUUUCCCAAUAUAAACCUGAAAAGGGAAAAGCAAGUACAGAUGACUGGAAAAGGGAGACUUAACCAAAUAGCAUUUAAAAGGGUGUUCUUAGCAACCCAACUGCAUUCCUGCGUCUCAGUCUAUGAAUGUGUAAUAUAAGCCACUAAAAUGACUUGUGUGCACAUAAAGUUUGUCUAUGUCAGUGUCUCAUUACUGUAUGGAUGCUGUCAUAAAUGUUAGGUUUCCCAAGCAGCUCUGUGGUAAUGUUGCACACUUGAAAUUGCCCGAAAACUGCUGAGACAAGUCUACGUGUCUGUCUAAAUGUCUGUGUUUUGUGCACUCAAAAUCUUUAAAAUCCUAAAAAUGCUGUGCUGGCCGCUGAUGUCGGACUUUCUCCGUGAUCAACAUACACCAAUGUUGACAUGGUUGGUUCUAAAUCUCUUUACCUAAUGGUCACGUCCGCUGCCUUCUCCUAUGCAAAAAUGAAUGUGUUUAACCCACACACUGAGAAUGUUUAAAUAGCACUGGGUGGACUUUUGCGGUCUUUGUCUGGCUGCUGGUUUCGAACAUAAAACACAUCAAAGACCUUCCAUAUGGCGUAAUAUCUGUCAGCAAAUGAAAGCCAUUCUCACAAGCUUAAUUUUAAGUCAUAGGAAGUCGGCGUGUUAACUUUUACAGGUUUCCAUUUUCAUGUUUGGGAACUUGUAAGAGAAAGUGGCUGCACCCAACAAAACCAUAAUCACCCAUUUACUGUGCUGUGCCUGCACUGGAGCCCUGUGAGGCACAUUUACAGUCUGUGCUAUUCUGGGUGUGCUUUAUCCAACUCUAAUUGUCUAAAUAAAUAAUAAAUAUGAUUCCCGGACUUCACUGGAAACAACUUCGACAUUCCAUUUGUUCAUUUUUAAGAGAUGUUUUCUAUGUGAAUUUUUACAGUUGAUUUUUUUUAAUUGUAUUUGAAUAGAUCCUUUGUUGAAAAUUGCUUAAUGUAUACGGAGUAAUGCACAUGCUGUUUGCUACACAGAGCUAUUAAAUGUCUUAAGU